CUAAACUUCUAAAGCAUUACUGAUUACUUGGAACAACAUGGAUACUGUCAGGAGAAAGUACCUUAUGAUCUUCAAUUGCAUCUUAUUAGCAAUUGGUGCCACUGGAGGUCCGCUUCUAAUCCGUCUCUACUUCGUCCGUGGUGGUAAGCGAAUAUGGUUCGCGAGUAUGCUAGCAAGUGCAGGUUGGCCGAUUCUAAUCCUCCCUCUCUCGGUUUCAUACAUCUUCAAUCGCCGCCCCGGCGGUGUUGAAAAUGGCAGAGAAAAUUUUUUCACCAUUACACAGCCUCUGAUAAUUGCUAGCGCUUUUAUCGGUCUCCUCUUGGGGUUAAACGAUUACUUAUACACUCAUGGUGUUUCCCUUCUUCCCGUCUCGACAUCUACAUUAAUAAUGUCCACUCAUUUGGCCUUUACGGCUGGUUUCGCAUAUGUUCUUGUUAAGCAAAAAUUCACUCCGUAUUCUAUAAAUGUAGUUGUGCUAUUAACAGUUGGAGCUGUGCUUCUGGGUCUUCAUUCGGACAAUGAUAAACCCGUAAAUCAGUCGAAGAGAGAUUACUACUUGGGUUUUUUUCUCACGGUUGGAGCUUCUGUAAUCAGUGGAUUGUUGUUCCCAUUGGCGGAGUUGGUGUACAUUAAAGCUAAGCAAUCCUUAACUUACAGUUUAGUGAUAGAAAUGCAGAUUGUGAUGGCUGUGGUUGCUUCCCUUUUCUGCAUUGUUGGGAUGAUUGUAAACAAUGAUCACAAGGAAAUAUUAAGAGAAGGUAAAGAGUAUGAGCUCGGGGAGGUCAAGUAUUACGUAGUGCUAGUAGCUAUUGCCAUUAUGUCGCAGAUUUACUUCGUCGGGACAGCAGGAGUUAUAUUUUGUUCAACAUCUUUGCUUGCUGGUAUUAUCGCUGCCGUAAUGCUACCCAUAACGGAGAUCCUAUCUGUCGUAUUCUACAAUGAGAGUUUCAAAUCUGAAAAGGGUAUUGCGUUAUUCCUCUCAUUAUGGGGUUUCAUCUCUUACUUGUACGGAGGCUACAAAGAACACAUAGAAGCGGAGAAGCAGAGUUCCGAAUUAAAGCAAGACGAAAACCUCCCUCCUCAAACCAGUAAUUAAUAUACUGAUUUUUUGACUACCAAGUUUUGGGUAUGAAUUUAGA